AUGAAACAUUUAUUUAAUAUAGAUAAUGGUGAUGAUGAUGAUGGAUCACCUGUACAGAUUUUAGCAUUGACAGAGAGUGGUUGUAAUAUUACAUACUUUAAUGUGUCCACAGGCCAAUUCGAAUCGUUCUUUAGUAUUGCAGAACUUGUAGAUAGAGAUUAUCAACAGAUAUUCAUUAUGAAUUCAAACACUGCAUUACUAUUAGGUAAUCAAAUGAAUAGUAAUAAUCAAUUGGUUUUUGGUAUUGAUAUAUUAAAUAUGAAAUCACAAGAAUUACAAUCAUCAUAUGUAUAUGGAAUUGGUGAUUCCUUAAAGUAUAUAUGGACAACAGCAUAUAUGAAUGUCGAUAGUUCAACAUCCUACUAUUAUGUUAUAGAUACCUCGUUGACUAUCAGUGCACUGAAUACAUUGACUGGUGAUACCAACAGCACAGUGAUGCAACCUACCAAACUACCGGCUGUAAAUCAACCUGCAGGAUCAUCAGAGUUUGUCAUCUACCUUCCAGAGAUCGAUAUUAUCUAUAUCAUUGCUUCGUACGAUCCCGAACAAUCAUCGGGUCAAUCGAUAGAUCUCUACAGUCAAGUGGUGGUGAGCGGCGAUGUCAAUUAUAGAGGAGAGCAUGUUGGCAAAGCUCUGACAUGCAGUAAAUAUCAAGGAUGUACUUAUCUAUUUACGAUGGAUUUCAAAGGUAAUACCAUUGGCAAACCUCUUACGAUGAUUGACAACUGGAUCGAUAAAAUCGGUUAUCCUACAUUCGUAACCUAUCUGAAUGGCAGUGGUGAUUUAUUAUUCACAGGAUUCGACGGUACCAGUUCAUAUCUAUUCUCACUGAAUCCAACCAAUGGCGACACCCAAAUAGUAGUUAGAUUCCCGACAAUGGAGUUCCCCACCAGCUCUGCGAUUCUCAAUGAUAUUAUCUAUGUGCUUGGUGGAUCGAUGUCUGGUGUCAAUCAAUCAACAUUCGUUCAAUACAACUUAUCUACCAAUCAAAUAUUAUCGACCACCAGCAACAUAAAAGGAAAUCCAGGUCAACUUUGUGUAUUCAAACUUUAA